UUAUUGUUAAGGUUGCGAUUGACUUCACCGCCUCAAAUGGCCAUCCAUCUCAGAAUACGUCACUACAUUAUAUCAAUCCUUAUCAGCCAAACGAAUACAUGAAAGCCUUGACGGCUGUGGGACAAAUUAUACAAGAUUAUGACAGGUACACAGCGGUGGAUAGUGUAUGGUUCUUUCACCUUUGUGACCGUAGUUUGAUUCCUUCAAUAUACAGUUGUCUGAUUAUAAUUCCACCUCAGUCGAUCUGCGAACAGUGCUUCCAAUUUGAGUCUUCUAAAUACUGUCUGUACGGGGUUUUUCACCCAAAUAAACCUCCAGAAAGAACAGUUUGAAACUGAUAGAACUAAACAGUAUAAAUAAAGUUAGUUUAGUUUAUGUAUUUCCUCCGGGUUUUGUAGACGGAAAUUUCGAGUGUGAAUUUUGUUCAUUUAUUAGAUCUAACCAUAGAUAUCUUAUAUAGACUAGAUAGCGCAUCUCUUUUAGUAAAAUUGAAGCCAAGAAUAUUCCAGCGGUUACCCCCAUUUGAAUAGAUGGCGGCCAUGUUGGUGUUUCCCACUCGCUAAUAAACGCUUAAAAAACAACAAUAACUUUCAUCAUUUGAAUAGUUUAAAAAUGUAUUUGGAAUAGGUUUACCUUAAUAUUUAAGUUCCGCGUUUAAAAAAUAGAAAACAUACGAAUCUUCUCAUUUCAUGGGAAUAUCCCGAGUCUGCAAUCACGGCUUCAAUUUUUGAAUUGUAGAAUAAUUAGAUGCACUAUCUAGUGUAUAUAAGAUAUCUAUGGAUCUAACCAGGAGCACUUGUGAAAAAUGCAACUAUAAGCCUUAUGGUUGGAAUUGAACCUGCGGCCUCGAAAUCUCCAUCUACAAAACCCUUGUACAAUUCGUGUAGUUGUUGAAUGAAAACAGACGGUUCAGAUAAAAUAUAAAGUUAGUUUAGUACUAGUUAAGGUUUCCUCCUGUAGUGCACUGGACCAGUAUGGUCGGUAGAUCUCCAGAGACAACAGUGAUUUUUGUUUUCAGGGAUAAUCUUUAUCCGUGCUAUGGUUUUGGAGCCAAACUUCCACCAACCAAUGUGGUAAUGGAAUUACUGUAAUAUCUUUUAUAUGAUGUCAAUUAUGCUCAAUGUUUUCCUAUGGUUAUGCUAUGCUUCCGUUGAAAUGAAUUCUAAGAAUAAAAUUUAAGUUUAAUUCUUUAUUUAGGUUUCUCAUAUGUUUGCAUUGAAUUUCAAUCCGGAGAAUCCUUAUUGUGCUGGUGAGUUUACGCCCGGAUUUAGCUCUGGUUCACACAUAAUCUUUUUGCCCUCGUUGUAAGUUUGUUUCAUAACAAGGUUUUACAGAGUAGUACUUGAGUUAAUAUAGAGGUUCAGAUUUGACUUAAUCGGAUUUAUAAUAUAGCAUUUGUAAAUUCUGAACGCUGAUUGGCUAAGAGCCGUGUUGAUAUAACUCAAUGUCAACACACGGAAACGUCGGAAAAUUUCUUUCUUUAUAUUUCUUUGUGCUAUAUUAUAAAACAAAUAUAAAACAUUUUUUCCGUAUUGAUAUAUAGUUAUAUCAACACUCGUGGAAAUUGGGAAAACUCGAAAUUGUGUGAAACACUCCGCCCUUUGGGCGUCGUGUUUCCACACAAUUUCUCGUUUUCCCAAUUUCCACUCGUGUUGAUAUAACUGUAUAUCAACACGGAAAAUGUUUUAUAUUUGUUAAAUAUUAAACGCAUCUGAUUGGUUGACAGUUCCUUACUGGUAGUGGUAGUGGAAGUCGAACCUGAACCUCUCUAAUCGAUCAAGGAUAGCAGCGCAGCGGAAAGAGCCUGGGAACGACGAUCACGUUUGAGAUAUAUUUUUCAGGUAGUUCAGACUCGAACCACAGCAGCUUAUUGUAGAGUACUACCCACACACGGGACCUCCACGUUUAAGAUAUCUUUCUUUGGUAGUUCAGACACAAACUACGGCAGCUUCUUUACUAAAGUUUAACUGUGAUGCUAUUUUUACUAGGUAUCCAAGGCAUAGUCCAAGCCUAUCAAUCCUGUCUACCUAAUAUCACGCUGUAUGGUCCGACCAAUGUCUCGCCCGUAGUUAAUCAUGUGUCCUCGUUUGCUAGACAAGCUGUAUGUGCUGAAGUACGUCCUAUUUCUGAACAGGUCAUUCUGAGUUUGCGAUAUUUUCACAAUGUUUAGUAGCGUCAAUAUCACAUAGUGGGGCAGUGGUUGGUGCCUUUUGCCUCUAUGACUUAGGUUCGAUUAUUGCAGUAUGCAGUGGUUUGACUAUAAUCUGGUCUCAGUCGCAUGUGAGAUGAAUGCUCUCAGUUUGACAGCAUCAAACACCACAUGUUUUCUCCGUGUACUUCGGUAGCAACCCGUGAUCGAUAGAGAACAUCCUCGUACCGAGGGCACAGGGUACUUACAUACAGAGGUCUCACUUCAGGUUAAUUUAGCGUAAUGGAUUUUUUCAGUCCUCCAUGCGAUUCUUAGCAAGUGCCCUAAAGAAAGGCCGUCACCCCCCAUAUUGAAAUUUAAUGUUCCAGGAGGGUGAAUGCCUCCCUUUCGAGCACUUGCUAAGAACAUGGCCUACAGCUAUUUUGGUAAAAACUACCUUACGGUUUUCCCGCAGAAGUGAGACCUCUGUAUGUAAGUACUCUGUGCCCAGUGUCUUGGCACCAGAGUGUGAGAGAAAAUAGCCUGGGCUGGAUAAAGGAUAGCCCUGAGUGCAUGGUUUAGGAACUACUGUUUGGCAACACAGGACCAAGAACAACUGGACCUUUACGGUGAACAGUUCCGAACUGAUGAGGCUAUCCAGUACACCUAGACCAAUAGAGGAUGAGCCUUGUUGGACCAGCUAUCCAGUGUUACAGAAAUUGGAACUAAACAACAACAAUUGUGUUAUAGAGCUACCAUAUACUCCUCAUUCUAACUGAUGGUGUGAUAUCAGACAUGGACCAGACCAAAGCAGCCAUUGUUGAAGCAUCAGCACUACCAAUGUCAAUCAUUAUAGUGGGUGUUGGUGCUGCUGAUUUUGAUAUGAUGGAGGAACUCGACUCCGACGACAAACUGUAUGUAACUUAUUUACUCAACGCCUUAUAGACCUCGUCAGCUUCAUAAGAAAGUUUCAACCGUGGGAUUCAGCAUCGGCUGCGGUGUAUCCAAAUACUGUGGCUAUGAAGGUUUCCGGCAUACUUCAUAGCCACGGUUUUAUAGCAUUUGAUUAGUGAGACACGUUUGGGAGUAAGGCUGCUGUAGUUUCGUGAAUGAUACCUUGCAGUUGUGUAUAUAGUACACUGGUUUAUGGAAUACAUCCGUGAAUAUACAGUAUAGCAGUUUUCCAUACACUUUGUUACUGUGACUUUCAAAAACUCAAUAAUUCAGGAGGAAAACACAAAGAAAAAUCAUAAGCUUGUCGUGGUUUUAUAUGUGAUAAAAAAUCAUGUUAAUUUACAUAAACUUUAGCUUUGAUUUUUUCAGUUUAGACAAAGUUUAUUUUAAAAAUUACUUCGCCAAUGAACUCGUAUAAGAUGAGUCGUUUUUGAAGCCAUUUAAAGCACUUGUAGUCGUGUUUUAAAUAGUACAUAAAGUAUGGUUGAUAGGUUUUUUAUUAGAGAGGCAUAUUUGGGAUACUGCAGACGUGUCGGAGGGCACCUUAGAUUUCCUCCUUUCUUCGAUUAUUCUUAGAUUCGUGCAUUCUUUUAGAUUAACGUCGACAAGUGGCAAGACAGCUCAAAGAGAUAUUGUACAAUUUGUUCCAUUUAGAAAUUUUCAACACGUGAGUACGGGUCCAGUCCUCUGUGAGACGAACACUAAGCCUUACUAUAAUACUAUGUGUUGUGCAUGUAAUAAUGUAAUAUGUAUAUAGCUCAGUGGAG